AUGAGAGUCUUUCAGAGACUGUCCGUGGUGAUCCACGCCAUUACAACCAGCAGCGGUGGUCUACUCGUCGUUCUCCAACGUCCAGACUCAGUCGCCGGUCUACUCGGCGUCACGACACAAUCACGCGUUCGGUUCUUUCCUCAUCUCCGCAAGCAAGAUUGGACCGCGCUCCUCCGUCCUCCGACCUCGGCAUGGGAGUCUCGAGCCAAACGCCUUCAUUGUGAAGUUAGCGCGCUCAAUGGUCACUCCAACCGACUGGCGCUAGUCAAGCGAUGGAUGCUGCCUACCUACGACAUCCAGUUUCGGGUGCUCCAUGAGCUGAUGCACGUGAACAUCAAGCGUUUCUUUCUCCAAACCGGACGCCGCGACCCGACCACCUGCCCCAGACAAGAUUGCUACCAGCGCGAGAGUCUGGCCCACUGCUUUUGGCUCUGCUCACCAACUCAGCAGACGUGGUCUGCACUACGUCCAAUAUGGUCCCCGCUACUCCGUUGCACGCCUUCCUGGUUGGGCUUUCUCCUCGGGACCUCGGAGCUGCUUCACUCGAGCUGGGCAGCGCACCACAAACUGGCAUACGGCUUGUGGCUGAUACUCCGCGGCAUUUGCAUGCGAUCCACCUGGAUCAACCGAACCAACGACGCUUUCGGUCGGGAAGCAGCUAGCCCCAAGGCCAUUGCUGCCGGCGUCAAGUCCUCUUUCGUUGUCCAUUUGCGCUCGCUUGACCGUCGACGCCACAGGAUCAAGGUCGACACAGCCACUAUGUACUCCUUCAUCCAGCACCUUGUCUCCGGCCCUGAGGAUGACGAGCCGCUGCGCUGA